AUGGCACUCAUGUCCCUGUCCUGGUGUCUCGGUGCAGCGUUGGCUCUGUUCUGUGGCUCUCCGUGGCCCCAGGUGCACUCCGCCCUGGCUCCUGAGAACGAGGUGCCACUUCGCCCGACGACGUGGUUCCCAGAAGGAAAGAUCACCUCUGUUACUCUCCCCAAAGGACGAACUCGCAGGCUAUACUUCACGCUGAAGAAGAAGGCUCCAGUCAUGUCCGUGACUGUCAGCCCAUGUGACCUCCCCAUCGAAUGGAGCUUGGCAGCCCGAACCCUGAAGGACAAACCCCUCAAGAGCCUGCAGUGGAGCACCAAAAAGAGUGUGCCUGAGGUGUGGUGGCGAGGUCCUGGGUCUGAGGAGAGAAUGCACAGCUUCACAGGCAAUGCGGUGAACAACUACACGGGUCCUUCCUAUCCCCAGGCUGCCAUCUACAUCCUGAGGCUGCGCUCCAAACAGCAGAACACCAGAGCUACAGUGUACCUCCAUGAAGGCCAGGGGCCCUCAGGAGCCUUCCCUCUCCUCCCAGCCGACCCCAAAGUUCACACAUUAGGUGUAGGCAUGACCAGCGUCACCCUCAGCUGGGCUCCCAGUGCCUCCAUAACCAGCCUCCCGCAGACGCAGGAAAGCUAUGACUACUGUGUCCUCGUCAACUCCCAGCGAAACUACCCCAGUCUUUGUGCUGCGCAAGAGAGCACGGGAAAAAAGAAAGAACCCAAACAAGAGAAGAAGGAGAGGAGGAGAGGAGUGACAGCGUGGCCGAUUCUGAAAGAGUGGUGGUGGGAGCAGUGGGACUCUUAUCCUGAACCCCAGAGUCCACCUCCAUCCCUCGCUGAUGAAUAUGCUGAUCAGUGUGUGUGUCGGGGGACAGAGAGUGUUUGCACCGUCUCCGAGCUCCUGCCUGACACCCAGUAUUACUUUGACGUCUUUCUGAUCGACAGGCUGAACGGGACCAGCUCGGCGUACAAGGGGACAUCCGCUCAAACGCACGAGGAGGCUCGAACAUCUGUCAUCACUCUGAGGGAGGGCGAGCUGAGGUGGGUGACCUUCCGCGACAGAGGCUCCGACUCAGAGCAGUUCUUCACUUUCCGUCCUCGGGGCUGGCAGCAGAGUGGCCUCCUCACCUUGCAGAGCUGCGGUGGAGGUGAAAAGGUCAAGGUCACAGUGUCCAGUAAAGGUCAGGUUUUGACCUCGCAGGCCGUGGGGGGAGAUUUAGUGCACAUUUGGCUCCAGGGAAGUCCGUCCUAUCUCAUCCACUUGGAGAGAGAAGGAACGACCACAGACCCAGCUCUACCAGGAGGUCUGAUGGCGUCAGUCAAAAUGCAGACCUCUUCAGCGUACCACCGCAGGGGGGUCCCAUCUCUGCCCUCCACCUUGCAGAUAAAAUCCUUCAACCGGUUGCGUGGCUGCAACAGUGUCACCCUGGCGUGGAUGGGCACAGAAGAAAGAAGUCUGUACUGCGUGUACCGAAAAAAGCUGGGAGACCUUGAAGCUGAGGCAGGGGGAGCGUCGGCUCUAACGGCGCCCUGUCUGGGACCAGAGUCCCGAUCUGACACCGAGAGGGUUCUCUGCAAGUAUUACCAGGAGCUGAAUCCUCGGCGGGCCGUCACUACAGCUGUGAUCGGGGGCCUGGAGCCAGGGAUGGCCUAUGUGUUUGAUGUCUAUCUAAUGAGACGCUGGGGGAUCCCUAUCAAGUACGCCAGUAAGAUGGUGAAGACCAGAAAGGAAUGCUGA